CUUGUGUUCAACUAAACUACUAAACCCUGCUGCACCUUGGCUUUUGUUCACGCACUCCAUUCGCACAAGUCUCAGAGCUCUGCAGCCAUGGCGGAGAUCUUAGCUGGAUUGCUCACUUCCGCCAUCGUCGGCAUCGCAAAAGAUAAGCUGGCCGCCGCCAUCGCGGAGCAGGCCAAUUUGUUUUGGAACUUCAGCGACGACCUGGAGGACAUGAACUUGGUGCUGGAGGCCAUCUCAGCGGCGCUCCAGGAUGCUGAGAGGCGGUCGGCCAAGGAGAAGUUGGUGCAGCUGUUGCUCAAGCGGCUCAAGCAUGCUGCCUUAGACAUCACCGACAUGCUCGAAGACUACCAAGACACUAGCGACCGGUUAACUGCAGAGAAGCCAGGAGUGCUUUCAUGUCUACCAGUUGCUCUCAAGAAGAUUGUUGUGGCUAAUAGGAUGAAGAGCAUGAGAGAAGAAGUGAGGAAAAUCAACAAGGACUUUCAGGAUUUUAAAUUCUCAAAGGAUGGGACUUGCACAUCUCUUGAGCAACAUGAUGACGAUCGUGAAACAUCAUCACGUUUGCCUGAAAAACCUAUAAUUGGGAGGAAUAGAGAAAAGCAGGAAAUCAUAAACCUCUUAUCUGCAGGUACCAACAAUGAUGAGACUGUGAUUAUUUCUAUCCAUGGCCUUGGAGGUAUGGGCAAGAGUACUUUGGCACAACUAAUUUACAAUGAUGCGCAAUUCAAGAAGUAUGACCAUCGUAUAUGGGUUUACGUGUCCCGGGAUUUCAGUCUAAAGAAAAUAGGAAGCUCUAUAAUUUCUCUAAUACCAAUAGAAGGAGGCCAGCAGAAUAGGGAUACACUGGAAGCUAUAAAUCAGUGCCUAGAUAACCUAUUCAGUGGCAAGAAGGUUCUUAUUGUUUUAGAUGACUUAUGGGAGGAAAAGGACACUGAGUUGGGGAAACUGAGGAGUAUGCUUCAGGUGGGCAAGAAGGGCACAACCAUAGAUGUCAUAGUAACCACGCGCAACGAAGAUAUUGCAAGGAAAGUUUCCACAUGUCCACCAUACAAGCUGGAUGCUUUGAACGAUUAUACAUGCUGGGAAAUAAUUAAGAGAUAUAGCAUGUUUGAAGAUCAACAUUACCAAGAAAGAUUAUUGAAUAUCGGAUUGGAUAUUGCAAAGAAAUGUGCAGGUGUGGCAUUAGCAGCUCAAACACUUGGAUACAUGCUACAGUCCAAAGAUCUGGAUGGAUGGAUAGAAAUAAACAACAGUUAUAUCUGGAAUGAAUCUUCUCAAGAUAACGGUGGUGUGCUCCCGUCCUUGAAGCUAAGCUACGAAAGGAUGCAACCACAGCUAAGGAUAUGCUUUUCUUAUUGUGCCAUAUUCCCAAAAGGCCAUAAUAUUGCUGAAGAUGAUUUGAUUCACCAAUGGAUUGCUCUUGGUUUUAUCAAGCCAUCGAAGGGGAAGGAUUACACCAGGCAACUUUUGGGCAUGUCCUUCCUUCAAGUUUCAAAGUUACCCAAGACUUCAGGAGAUCGUAUGGAGCAGUACACUAUGCACGACCUGGUGCAUGAUCUAGCGACAUUGGUCAUGGGUGAUGAGUUAAUUGUUUCUAAUGUUGCAUCGAAGAAUAAUAAAGCACAUAGCCAGAAAUAUUGUCGCUAUGCUUCGUUUACCAAAUAUGACCACACAACAAGGUUAUCCAAUGUUUUACCCUCAAAGGUGAGGGCACUUCAUUUCUCAGAUAACGGCAAGCUGGAUCUCUCUUGUGGGGCAUUUUCAUUUGCAAAGUGCUUGCGUAUUUUGGAUUUUAGUGGAUGCUCUGGUAUACUGUUGCCCGACUCUGUUGGGCAACUGAAGCAGCUGAAGUACCUUACUGCUCCACGAGUGCAAAAUGAAGUUCUCCCAGAGUUUAUGACCGAGCUAUCAAAACUGCAGUACCUGAACCUGAAUGGAUCUUCUCACAUUUCCACACUACCAGAAUCAAUGGGCAAGCUCUGCUGUCUGAAAUAUCUGGGUUUGUCAGGUUGUUCUGGAAUAUCUAAACUGCCAGAAUCAUUUGGUGAUUCAAAAUUUAUGGUGCAUCUUAACAUGUCAGAUUGUUCUGGGAUAAGAGAACUGCCAGCCUCACUUGGCAAUCUCACAAAUUUACAGCAUCUUGACAUGUCAGGUUGUUUUCGGAUAAGAGAACUGCCAGCCUCACUUGGCAAUCUCACAAAUUUACAGCAUCUUGACAUGGGAGGUUGUUAUGGGAUAAGAGAACUGCCAGACUCACUUGGCAAUCUGACAAAUUUACAGCAUCUUGAAUUAUUUAAUUGCUCUAAUGUCAAAGUGAUACCUGAAUCUUUGUGUGGCCUCACACAUCUCCGACAUUUGAACUUAUCAUGUUGUAAAAUUAUCACACGGCUACCAGAAGCUAUAGACAGCCUGGUCAAGCUACGGUAUUUGGACAUGUCAUCUUGUGGUGUCGUGGAAUUUCCAGAGUCAUUUAAGAGACUCCGUAAUUUAUUGCAUCUAGAUUUGGGAUUCAAGUCUAUUGAGAAAGGCUUAGCGGGAGCUCUGCAUGGCCUCACCGCAUUACAAUAUCUGGAUAUGUCAUACUUGAGGUACAAGGAUAAUUUUGAGAUCAAGGAAGAUCUACCUGUAGCUAUGAGAAACCUCACCAAUCUUAAGGUUUUGAAAUUGGAAAGCACAUUUACUAAUCUCUUUGGUACCUGUACCAAUCUUAAUUUUAUCGGUACACUUACCAAUCUUGAGCAUCUGGACCUAUCGAUGAACGGAUUCAAGUAUCUACCAGAAAGUAUUGGUAAUCUCAAAAGGCUGCAUACACUGAAUCUCAAGUUUUGCUGGAAGCUCGAGUCCCUCCCAGAGAGUAUAUCUUGUGCAACUGGGCUGAAGUCUGUAUUGCUGGACAACUGCCCACACAAAUUGAUGGAUCAGGCCAGUUCUCUAUUGCACUAUUCACUAACAUUACCACUCUUCAAGGUUCGUGCUGAUGACGUCAAUGAUCAUAGCAAUCUGCAUGUGCUCGAGGGUGAAAAUGCCAUCGGUGAGUUACAUAUAGUUUCCCUUGAAAACGUAAGACUUCUGGAGGAAGCACAGAGACUUAACCUGUUGACAAAACAUAAUCUUUUGACUUUGAAACUGGUUUGGACCUUGGGUGAUCGAUAUCUGGAGGAUGAGGAUUUGUUGGGACAACUAGUGCCACCAAUGAGCCUGAAGGUCUUGAGUCUAGAAGGUUAUAGCAGUCCGAGCUUUCCUGGCUGGCUCAUGGCCAUUUCUCGUCUUCUCCCUAAUCUUACAAUUAUUCAAUUGAAGGAUCUGCCUACAUGUAGCAACCUACCACCACUUGGACAGUUGCCGUACCUAGAGGAUUUGUGCCUCCAGAAUUUACCCAAGGUUACAAAAAUUGACCGGGAUAUCUGCGGUGGCAAAGGAGCGUUCCCCCGACUGACAAAGUUCACGGUGGCUCAUAUGGAUGGUUUGAAGGAGUGGAAUACAACAUGCCCUGGCGAAGAUGGUGUGGAGGAGUUCAUGUUCCCUAUGCUAGAGGAACUCAGAGUUGAUGACUGUCCAAAGAUGAGAUUGAAACCAUGCCCACCCAAAUGUCGUCGUUUCUCAAUAUCAAGCAGCGACCAAGUUAUAUCUUCACUGGAGGAGGUACAAACCAGCAGCCAUCGCUGGAACUCUACUCCAACUACCACCAACCUGUUUAUCGGCAGAAGUAAGCAUGACACUUUCAGGCUGUUUCACAACUUCCCGGCCCUCCAGACGUUGGAUUUAUCAGGCUGUUCAAAUCUGACAAGCUUGCCGGAGGGCAUACAACAACUCUCCUCCCUUCAGGAGUUGACUUGUGAUGACAGCAUAUCACCACUGCCAGAAUGGCUGAGCGACAUCUCCUCUCUCAAAAGGCUCGUCAUCGACGACGAUGGUAGCUUCAAGUCUUUGCCUGCAUGUAUACAACACCUCACCAACCUCCAGGAGCUAGUUAUUAAUCGGAACAACAAGGAACUGCAGCAAUGGUGCGAGUCAGAAGAGAACAAGGCCAAGCUCGCACACAUUAACAUAAUGUAUCGGUAGCUUAACCAAGUACCACAGAAAUGGUCAGAACCAGCUGGGCAAAAGUACACUUAUGUCGGUAUAAGUGCAACAACAAUUCCCAACAUACUUGCAUCCCCAUUCUACUUCUGAAAUUUCUUUUGACCCCUGACUGUCAUGUGGCUGUGAGACAUUUCUGGGCAACAAGCUCAAAUCAUGUGGAAUCAAAGGAUCUUCAUUAGCAAACUGUACAAAUCAGCCCUGAUACAUUAAGGCUUUCAGCAUGGACACCGCAGCCUAUUCAUUUCUGCACUAUCAGAUCUCAGAUACGGUGGAGCUUAUACAAGCUGUGCUGUUAUUCACUAUGAUUAAUUCCUGCAUUGGCCAUUAAGGCUUUCAGCAUGGACAACAUAUAUUGGAACUCCAUCUCCUCCUGUCAGUGACUUGUGACUGUACAAACAAACUCUGUUCAGUUCAAAUUCUACAAUAGCUUUUGUCUUCUUCUGAACUUUCCUCCCCUCCUCUAUUUUGUAAUAUUUUUGUGUGUUGGGCAGACAACUCUUCUUGAAUGCUGAAUGCAUCAAGUAAACACAAGUUGACAACAGAAAAUACAAAUAUUCAUUGACGCAGGACA